AUGAUGAGUUGGGCCACCGAUGUGCCAGCGGACAAGUUGGAGAUCAACGAAGCUGUCGGGAAACUGUUGCAGUCCUUUAAUUAUGAAACAAUAGUUCCACAACCGAACAAAGGCGGAGGAUACAAGAGGCAGCCGCACGUCAAGCGACCGAUGAACGCGUUCAUGGUGUUUGCACAAGCUAUGCGCAAGCGCCUGUCGGAACAACGGCCCUCGCUGCACAACGCUGAGCUCAGCAAAUCACUUGGAUCAAUGUGGAAAAGCCUCAGCGAAGUGGAAAAGAUGCCCUUCAUAAAGGAAGCCGAGAAACUGAGGAACAAACACAAGAAAGAUUACCCUGAGUAUAAAUACCAACCGCGCAGACGGAAACCACCGCCAGCGUCUACUGCCCGGUUCAAACGAGAGCCGUCUCCCGACCGCUCGCAGAUAGAUUUCUCCAGGAUCGAGGUGGACGGGGCCUUAUUAGCGGAUGGACCACCCGACGGGGCUGAACUCGACCAGUACUUAAAACCGGUUCCUGUCCCCGAAUACCAUGAAAUGCAACCACGUUACCCGCACAGUCUAGCGCACCACGUCCCUCCACUGUACACACCAGUUCCACCACAUUUACACCCGCCUUGCCCUGAUUGGCACCAAUAUCCAGGUCAUCCCUAA